AUGAUCGUCAACGGUGCAUCUGAUACCGUUUUGUGUCGUUGUUUUCCAAAUUAUUUAGACGAUCCUACACUUGAUUGGCUUUGUGCUUUGCCUGCAGGUUCAAUUUCGCGAUUCCAACAACUGGCCAAGCUAUUUGAGGACCACUUCGCUGGCUCCGCAAUCUAUCUGUAUGACUCAGAUUAUCUGAAUACAAUUAAGCAAGGACAAAAUGAAAGCCUGAAAGACUAUAUGACUCGUUUUACGAAGGACGCCAUAAGCAUACCUGAUCUCCACCCUGAAGUUCACCUUCAUGCCAUCAAAAGCGAACUUCGACCUGGGAAAUUCCAAGAGACGAUCGCCGUAUCUAAACCGAAAACACUCGCCGAGUUUCGAGAGAAAGCAAAAGGCCAGAUUGAUAUCGAGGAGCUGAGACAAGCUCAGAAGUUCGACAAAACAAACUACAGAGACAAGGAAAAAGUGCAUAACAGUAAGAAAAAUUUUAAACUAACCCCUCGUUUUGACUCUUAUACACAGUUCAACGCUAAACGGGAGGAUAUAAUCAAAGAGAUCUUGAACUCCAAAUUAAUCAAACCACCAAGAAAGGCGGGGACAUAUCAGGAUACAAAACACGUCGACAAAUCUAAAUACUGCGCCUUCCAUCAGAAGCACGGCCACACAACCGACGAAUGUGUCGUCGCAAAAGACCUCUUGGAACGGUUGGCUCGGCAAGGGCACAUUGACAAGUAUAUUGGAGGGCACAUUCAAAAACGUACUCCAACCUCGGCAGGCAAUACUCCAUCUGAGCAACCAAGCCGAGGAAAGGACAAGCCAUCCUCGACCCAGUAUGACCAACCACGAGGUAUCAUCAAUUGUAUUUCAGGAGGAGGUGCUAGUGGAGGCUCAUCCAAUUCAGCUAGGAAAAGAUCUUUCCAAACAAUAUACUCGGUAGAAGGAGCACAGCAGGACCACCAACUAAUCCCUCAAUUCCCCCAAAUGACAUUCACACAAGCAGAUUUCAAAUCCAAUAUUCAAAAUUUAGAUGACCCCGUGUCAUCACAAUUCAAUUGGGAGAUCUACUAG